UUCCAUAUCAUACCACAUCUCUUUAUCUCAUAACGUUUAGAAUUUUGUUUAAUCACUAUAAACGACACCAGAAGUAUCAUAUAAAGUCUCCCAUUAAUCUGAUGCAGUUGCAAUUGACAAUAUGGGAUGUCCUGAUAAAUGACCUUAGUGUGAACAGUCAUUAAAAUACCAGUUUAGUUCCUUCAAGAUUUUCUAUAUUACUUCAGGAGAUAACUCUUGAAAUCCGUAAAGCGUUUGCUAUAGACAGUUUCACCAUUGCUGUACAAUAGACAAGAGUCAAGAGGCACACUUAAAGAAAAAACUACAAUGUUUUCUACAAGAGCUGUUGAGGAUGGGUACUGUGAAGGGUUUUAAACACUUAGCCACAUACUUGAGAGGGAAAGAAGAAAUGGUUAUAAGCAUUGUAAAUGAACCACAGACUCAACACCGUGUAUAUAACACAGAUUCUCGAAGAAAUAGUGUGAUGGAGGAUCAAGUUGCAGAUCCAAGUAGAAGUUUUACCUCUCAACAACUACCUUAUGACAAACGUUCCUUGUUGAUAUCCCUUAGAUCUCAGAUGAACCUGAAUUUAAAUGCACCAAAAGGGAUUGGAUUACCGCCAGCCUCACCUAGUGAUAAAGAGAGCAAUGUUGAUAGUGACACAACCUUAUUUUUGAUAGCUGGUUAUGCUAGAUACAGUUGUCCAUAUGUUUGGGUCAGAUCUAACCAUCAAAGACUUAUCAGAUUGACCAAUGAUUCCACACAAGAGAAAGACAGCCCAUUACGUCUGAAAUCAACAAACAAAUGGAAUUCCUAUGACAUACAUAUCUGGGAUAUUAUAGCAGAACUUGUCAAGCUGUGUACCUACCCAUCACCUAUGAACCCAUUUGAGGUAGAUUUUGACUAUUUUACCACUUUAUCAUUACAAGAUCGAGUCAUUGCUACUGGUGCCAUGGUUCACUGCUUACAGAACAUAGUAUUACAUACACAGGAUGAGAAAGUAUAUGCUAGUAAAGUUUUCGAAGAGUUGCAGAUAAUCACGAAGCUUCACUUUCAAGCUUUACAACAGCUGGUCAAAGAUGGAGGACUACCUGUCCUACAACAGCAUAUAGCCCGGUCUAAUCCUCGACAAAGGAGUACAAGUUCUGGAAGUUCAAGAUAUCCUAGUGCAAGACCUGGGUACCAGACACAACCAUAUACCAGUCAGAUAUACCAGACACAGCCAUAUGGAUAUGCUCAAUAUUGAGGCAUUUCAAAUGUGCAGUAUAUGAUGGGGUGGAGGGGGGGACAUGUCAUUUUUUAAUGUAAGUUUGAAAGAUCUUUACAAAUCACUUGGAACAAAUGGAGGGAAAAAAGAUAUGUCUCAUAUCCAUGUGAUAAUUGUUUUUGAUUGAGAAUUUUUUUUCAAAUACUUUUUCAGGCCGUGCCAUAAAAGUUUUUUUUAUUAUGCCAUUGCCUAACAUAAUAUUUGUGAAUUAUUUAAUUUUCUUUCUUUCUAUGUGCUUAGGGUUUCAUUCCACCUGAUUUUUUAAUGUACUUAAAAAAAAAUUAUUAAUAUUUUCAUUCUUAUCUAUUUCAACAGAUCUUUAAUCCUUUAUUUUGAAAUAACAAGUUCACUUUAAAGUUGAGAGCCAGUGUCAAAAUCCCCAAAUGACACCAAGACAAUCACAGUAGUAAAAACCACAACCCUAAACAAAACAUCUCUGUAAGUGACCUUAGAUUGAAUAUUAUACAAUUAAUGGUUUAUUCCAUAUCCCAGAAAAAAAAUGUUUUCAAUGACAAUUAUUUACCAAAACAAAUUGAACAUCAAACAAUUUACCAUGAUAAUACAUGUAAAAGCAUGUGACAUUUAGCGCAGUCAAUGUCACUCCUCGUAAGAUGAUAUUCAAAAUCUAAUUCAUAUAGAAAAAUCUACUAAAAUAAUACCAAUAUGGAAUAAUACUUUAAUAUAUUUUUAUACCCCACGCAACGAGUUGCGGAGGGUAUAAUGUUUUUGACCCGUCUGUCCGUCCGUCCGUCCGUCUGUCCGUCCGUCAGUCCUAUUUCUUGUCAUCGCAACUCCUCUCAAACCACACAACAGAAUUUCACGAAACCUUUUUAGAUAAUAAGGACAUACUAUGUAGUUAUGCAUAUUGACAGGAAAUUACGAUUCAAUUUUUUUUCUAGGAGUUACGCCCCUUUGAACUUAUUUGCCCAAUAUACUACUGCAACCUUUUGUCAUCGCAACUCCUCUCAAACCACACAACAGAAUUUCAUGAAACCUUUUCAGAUAAUAAGGGCAUACUACGUAGAUGUGCAUAUUUACAGGAAAUUAUGAUUCAAUUUUUUUUUCUGAUACAAUUUUUUUUCUUACACUUAUUUUAUUUCUCCAAUGACAAUGUGGGGACGUGGGGUAUGUGAGCGCGCUCACUAAGGUUCUUUCAUUGGUACAUGAAAAGGAUAACAGAUGAUUAUCAAAAAUAGUUGACAGUACAACAAACCACAUCAACCACCAAGAAACGAAUACUGGUACUUUAUGUAAAUAGCUGUACCAACAACAAAGAUCAUCUCAUAGUCCAGAUGGCUUGACAAAUAGCUCUUGUUUUUUAAGGCGAUUUCCUACUGAACUUUCUUAUAAUACUUUAUUAUAAGAUAUUUAAGUUAUGACUUUUUUUUUCAAAUGUGAUGUGGUAGUAUAUGAAUAAAUGUGCAAUAUU